AUGAGGGGCCCGCGCUGCGCCCCGCUGCUGCUCCUGCUGCUGCUGUUGCCGCUGCUGCUCAUACCCCCCGCCGGGUACGCCGCCGUCAUCACCGGGGCCUGCGACAAGGACCCCCAGUGUGCUGGAGGCAUGUGCUGUGCUGUUAGUAUCUGGGUUAAGAGCAUAAGGAUUUGCACGCCUAUGGGCAAAGUGGGAGACAGCUGCCAUCCGCUGACUCGUAAAAACCAUUUUGGAAAUGGAAGGCAGGAAAGAAGAAGGAGGAAGAGAAGAAAAAGGAAAAAGGAGGUUCCAUUUUUUGGGCGAAGAAUGCAUCACACGUGUCCAUGUAUGCCGGGCUUAGCCUGUUUACGGACUUCAUUUAAUCGAUUUAUUUGUUUAGCCCGAAAGUAA